UCCUAAAUCAGUUCUAUGAUGAUGUUUGUGAAACAAACCUACCCAGACUAAGUUAAUAAUUCCAAGUGGCGGGCCAAUAAGUAGUAGACAUGAUGAAGCAACUUUGCCGCACGUAGCGAUUGGUCUGGUCAAUAUAAAGACGAGGAGAGCUAUGCUUAAAAGUGGCGUUGUUUCUCACCGGACUACACUCAGACCCAUCAGUAGAAGAAGUCAUCUCGGAAAACCAACAGAUCGACCAUAUUUCAAUAACAUAUACUCAACCCUCACAGCAAAGUGUUAGAUAUAUUACUUUCAACCACCAACUCCCACGCAAUAUGUCGUCGUUCUCAAAUACGGACACCGGCAACAAGCCGUCUGGGCCAUACUAUGAGAAGAACAUUGACAAAGAUGUAUCCCUAAAAGAGAAGGUUGAGAUACUCAUUAAAUUCGUGUCGUCGUGCAAGUUCGGCAUGAUGACGACGCGAGACCCCUCGAGCGGGAAGCUGGUCUCUCGAUGCAUGGCCGUCGCAGGCAAGGAAGGCGGUGAUAUCGACCUAACCUUCACGACAAACACAGAAUCGCACAAGACGGACGAGUUGAACGCGGACAGGCAUACCAAUAUCUCAUUCUACGACCACUCGGGCCAGUGGGCCUCAAUCGCGGGCGAGGCGACCAUCGAGACGGACCGGGAGGUCGUGAAGAAGUACUACAACCCGAUGCUCAAGGCUUGGCUGGGAGACCUUGGUGACGGCAUUCACGACGGAAGCGAGAACGAUCCGCGCAUUGCUGUGCUCAAAGUGAAGACCAGUUCCAUCACAUAUGCUAUCACAGAUAAGUCGGUAAUGGGCAGGGUUGCCGAGGUUGCCAAGGGCACCGUCACGGGCGAACCGGCGGGUGUUAAUAAGUUGAGAGAGAUUAGUGAGAGUGAGGUCCAGCAGUGGAGGGCCACUGCGUCGAAAUAGGCUCGGGGUCGAGGUCGGGGAUGAGAGGUGUUCGCAAUCUACUAUAGCCUCACUAUAGUCAAACCUUAUGAAGUUAAAAUCUAAUGAGAUGUUUUUUUUAUGUCAAUGUCGAUCAGAUUCUAUGGUCUUUCGAUG